AUAGCAGUUAGUCUGAAUACCUUGUGACUAAAUUAAAUAUUAGCUUUCUAAACCAUAUCCAUACAUUUACAUGUAUGGUUCGCAAAAUAUACCAUUUCCUAUCCAUAGUUUUAAUUUCAUUGUUAACGUGACAAUUUUAUUACCAAAAAUUAGAAUGUAGAAUGUCUGACAUCAUUCCAAUGUACACUUAUAAAUAAUAUUUAAAAAAGUGAAAAUAGGGUUGCCAACUGCAAGUGCGUACAGGCAAAAAGUUUUUUAAAUUGAAUACUGUAGUAUUGGUGUCAUUUCUUCAGGGAAAACAGGGGAUACUAUUAGUAGGCUUACCUUUAGAGAAAUGACAGGCAAUUUUUCCAAAACCCAGUAAUUCCAUUCAAUCGCUAGAAGUCUGGGAGUAACAUCUCACUUGCAAGUAAUCAAAUAUUUUCAUAUUCCCGUCUCAACAAACGGAUUAAAAUUUACUCAUGUGGCCCACACUUCGUAAAUCCAUUGGCAAUUUUGCCGGGCCGCUGAAGCGUCAUGGAAGUGGAUAUUCAGGCGGUAGUCCUGGAGUGAAUUUACCCUUUGGCUUGGAUAGUCCGAUGCGCUUCACGCUAUUUUACCUAAUUGCGGGAAUCGUGGGCUUUGGGGCUCCGUUCCUAGUGAUUCGUCACCAGAUGCUUCGCAAUGUAACCGAGGAUCCCAAGGAGUAAUAAUCUCAAAGAAUCUGACAUAGAACACUCGUUAAUAAAUUAAUAAAAUACAUUGCACAUG